GAUUCAGCACCAUACAGCUUAUUAUAUAUGAUGCUUCCGGUUUAUUAGAGCAUCAUAAGAUUAUAUUAUUUCCUUUUUAUAUGGCUAGAAUUCAACUGUCUUCAUAAUGUCGGACAGGAAACUUGAAUUAGAAAGAAAGAAGGCAAAGCUUGAGGCGAUGCGGGCCGAAAAGAGAAAAAAGGAGGAGGAAAAACGAAAGCAACUUGGCAAGACGCCAGCCGAACCAUCUUUUGGUAUUGGUGAUAUUGAAGCGAAUAAACUUUUAGAAGGCUUGGGAAUUAGUAGAAGUUCAAUUGAGCCAAAUGUUAGUCCUCAAAGAUCCGAUGUAACUUCCAAUACAUCUUCUCCUAUUCCUAUAACGCAGCAGUCUGGACCCCCAAUAAACUUAAAGCCUGUUUCUCUGAGUGUUUCGAAAGUUACACAGACAAGUAUACCCCCUCGAGAAGUCGUUGUAUACAGUAAAGAAGUUCAAACAACCAACACAGAACCCCCAGAAGCUUUAACAUAUGUCGAUUUGGAUGAUGCGGAUACCGAUUCCCUAGUAGUCGGAAUUGAUACCCCUCCUGCUACUAAAACUGAUCACCAUACCCAACACCUCCCGCAACAAACAGAAAAGGAAUUAAAUGCUGCUCCUCCUGUUCCUAGAGAGCUGAGCGAGGAAGAGCAAAGGCAGAUCAUGUUAUCAGAUGAAUUUAUUAACUUUUUUGAUAGAACAUCUCGUAUAGUUGAGAGGCAGUUAAAUGAAAGUUCUGUUGAUAUUUUCACUGACUAUACUGGAGGCGACGGUGGUAAACUCAUGCAAAGUGAUAUUGGGGAACGAAUCAAGUUUCAGAGAUCCUUUACAGAUGAACGAUGGACAAUGGGUAGAACAGUUACUUGUCUGGAUUGGUCAACCCAAUACCCGGAACUUUUAGCUGCUUCUUAUAACCAAAAAGAGGACGCUCCACAUGAGCCUGAUGGGGUUGUCCUCAUCUGGAAUGCUAAGUACAAAAAAAAUACACCAGAAUAUAUAUUUCAUUGUCAAUCAGCUGUUACUUCUGUAUGUUUCGCAACUUUUCAUCCAAAUUUGGUCGUUGGUGGUACAUAUUCUGGAAAAAUAGUUUUAUGGGAUAACCGCAGUUCCAGAAGAACUCCAGUGCAAAAGACGCAGCUAUCAGCAUCUACUCAUACCCAUCCGGUAUACUGCGUUACAGUAGUUGGAACACCAAAUGCAAACAACUUAAUAUCGAUAUCAACGGAUGGAAAGAUGUGUUCCUGGUCACUGGAAAUGCUUUCACAACCCCAAGAAUCACUGGAAUUGACACAUAAACAGUCUAAAUGUGUUGCUGCAACAAGUAUGUCCUUUUUGUCAAACGAUGUUAACAAUUUGGUGCUUGGAAGUGAAGAUGGUUCGGUUUAUACUGCAUGCAGACAUGGUUCAAAGGCAGGCAUAACCGACUCUUUGUCUGAUUCCCAUGGAGGACCUGUUACAGGUAUCCAUUCUAAUCAUGUGACAGGUCCUGUGGACAUGUCUCACUACUUCCUUACUUCUUCCUUUGAUUGGACAAUCAAGUUAUGGAGUGUGAAAGAACAAAAAUGCUUGCACUCAUUUGAUGACAAUAAUGACUACGUUAUGGAUGUUUCUUGGUCUCCUAUACAUCCAGCCUUAUUUGCUGCUGUAGAUGCAUCGGGUAGACUCGAUUUAUGGAACAUCAAUAGUGAUGUUGAAGUGCCAUUUGCUACUGAAACGAUUGAUAGCGCUCUCAAUGAAUGUCGCUGGCAUCAGAACGGUCAAAUGAUUGCAGUUGGUGACGAUGUUGGAAGAGUUCAUUUAUUGGACGUUAGCGAGAAUGUUGCUACGCCAAAGAAUGAUGAUUGGACAAGAAUGGUUCAUGCUUUGCAAGAUAUGAAACAAGAGGAGGAUGAGAAUGCUAUAUUAAAUGUUAUUCGAUGA